CUGACUUUAUCAAGGUACUAAAACUUGUUUUGUGUGGGGUUUUUUUUUACCAGCUUUUACUACCAAAAACAACAGCAGAUAGAUUCUACUCUUGUUGUAUUUAGAGUGUAAAGUGGUGCCUCCAGUAACAGCAGUAAGAGGAUGUAUUCUGGUGAAGCUACGCCCACUACGAUGGAUGAGGAGUUUCUGAUGGAGACUGCGCUUGAGCAACUUUAUCCAAAACAGGCCUGGUGUCUCCCCAAACUCAAGGAAAUCCACUUUAGUGAAAUCCUUAAAUUGCGUCUGGAGUACAAAAACAUCCAGAAGAUCGACAACCUGUGGGAUUUUAAAUCUUUGGAAAAGCUUGAUUUGAAUAACAACUGCAUAGAGAAGAUUCAGGGCCUGGACCAUCUGAUUAAUCUGACAUGGAUUAAUCUAUCUUUCAACAGGAUCGAAAAAAUCGAGGGUCUCGCCGCUCUGCAGAAACUUGAAGUGCUGGAUUUGUCCAACAACAGAAUCUCCGUCAUUGAAAACGUGGACACACUUGAAAAUAUCACUCAUUUCUUCAUUGCAAACAACCUCAUUGAAGAGCUGGACAAUGUGCUGCAGCUCAAGAAGUUCAAGAAGCUGUUCACACUCAAUCUAUAUGGAAACCCUGUCACUAAAGAAGACGAUUACAAAGUUUUCAUCGCUGCUCAUAUGCCAAACUUGACGUACCUCAACUACAGGGUCCUGGACAGUGCAGUAAGAAAUGAAGCAUCUAUCAAAUACCAACAUGUCCUAGAGAAGAUGCAACAACAAGAGCUGCAGAGACAAAAACAUGAAGAGGCUCAGAGACGCCAGGAGGCUGAACUAAAACUACACAAAGAUGCCUUUGUGGAGUCCCUUAAUGGGUCUUAUCUGUUUAACAGCCUGUUUCAAGAUGAUCCCGAGGCAGAAACGUUCCGCCUCAUUCCAGAAUUCCUUGACCUUGCACUUACAUUUGAGAACCAAAUGGUGGAGCUGUGUGUGCAGUUAUUUGAAAUGGGCCUGACAGAGCUCCAACGAAGGCAGACGGAGGUGAAUUCUUUCUGUAGCGACCUGGAUAUGGUUGCAGCUGAUUACCAGCAGAAAGCAACACAGAUGUUGGAAAGGUUUGAUGAGCAGCACAAAGAGAGUAAAGCAGAGUUGCAGCAGAUAUCCGACCUGGACGAACUUGACGUCAAGAUCAACCAAUGCAAUGAUGAAAUCAACCAGCUCUGCAAAAGCCUCAUGACACUGGAGUUUCAGCUGGUCAGCCAGAUAGAGGAUAGCAUCCUAAAGUUUGACCAAAACAUCUCAGACAUGGUUGGAAACUUCAGCGAAACUGUAGCCAGCAUAUUUGUUCAGUUUCGGGAUAUGGAAGACAGUUAUCAUCAGAAGGUGAAACAAAUUGCUGUUGCAACUCUGGAGAAAGUGGCCGAAGGGAACCUGGACGAGGACCUGCCAGAUCAUGUUGCAGUGCUGUUUACAGAGAAAGAUGCAGUGAUGGACGCUGUGGCCACCAGCCAUGACAACCACCUGCUGAAGAUCAGUGAGCGAGAGACCCGGCUGGUCGGAGGACUCAGUGGCUGGAAAGUGACCCUCAUUAAAGGGAUUCAAGACAAAGAGCUCAAGCAGAACCGCACACGCAUCUCGGACAUCCAGAGAUAUACGGAGCAUUUAAAGGAGCAGCUGGAGGAGUUGUUGUUGCAGAGUCAGUAAUAUGUUGGCCAAAAAUGACAACCUGACUGGACAAACAUGGCAAAUUUUGCUGUGUACAAGUAUUUAUGUCUUUAAUAAUAUCUGUAUUUGUAUUAUAUGCAACUAAAAAUGUGAGCCAAAAUUUUGCCUGUUGCUGUAUUUAGCUCUUGAGAU